AUGCCUACAGAUUAUUGUGGUAUAUGCUGUCGGCAAAUAAGUGAUCUGAGUCAGGCUGACACUACAGGCGCGGAAUGUAAACAUAAAUUCCAUCAGCUAUGUGUAAGAAUUCGAUUUUGCUUGGCUGCAAAAUCUGCUGUGAAGAAUUUCAUUGCAAAUAAAUGUCCGGUAUGUCCACCUCGUUCGGCUCCUCAGGUAUCUCAAGAUUCAAAUUCGGUGCUUGCUGAAAUUAAUAAAAAGUUAGAAUUAUUGACUACUAUGGAUGUCAAGAUUAAUGAUUUGUCGCAGCGUUUAACAAGUAUUCAGGAUAACUACGUGUCACGAGAGGGACGAGUUGCAAAAUUGGAAUCUGGAAGUAUUAGUGUUGCUUCAGCUGCUGGUGAUGAUUUGGUCAAGCAAGUUGCGGAACGAAUUAGCACUGCAACCAAAAAGACCACUGAUCUGAGUACGGAGAUUUGUCAGCUUGAAAUGGAGACUAGGAUGCUUAGUGACCAGUUUGUGAUUUCUGGACUUGCGGAGCAGUCUUCGGAAAAUUUGGUGCAAACAACAAUUAGACUGGGCUCGAUGAUUGGAAUUGCUGAUCUUGUUGGUGAUCAGAUUCAAUAUGCUGAGAGAAUUGGGAAGAAAAGAGGCUCUGCUCGGGACAUUCUUGUUAAGUGCAAGUCGCCAUCGCUUGUUGGCAGGUUUUUGUCGGCAAAGAAAAAUUAUAAAUCUUUAACAGCCAAUGUAGUUAACCCAGGAUCGAGUAAUGUACCUAUUUUCACCAGCAAGAGGUACCCUUCAGCAUUAUACAAGUUGCGGCAAUCGUUAAUUAAGAAAUAUCCCACUAUUGAUAAGAGAAGUGUCUGGAUUGCUAGCUCCUGUGUUUGUGUGUAUAUAAAAGAUAUCACUGAUCCAAUUAAAGUCUAUCCGUCGACGGAUUUGGAAAGCCUAUGGUCGUCGGAACAGAAAAAAGUGCUAUUUAGUGUAAUUUAUAGACCUCCUCAUGCUGCUUUACUUGAGAACUUUGAAAUUGUCUUUGAUAAUCUUCUGCCAGCUUACAGUAAUCUUGUAAUUAUUGGAGACUUAAACAUCAAUGCGCUUCAUAAUACAUAUAAGUCCAGAAGUUUAAAGGAUUUUUGCAAUGAGUACAGCUUGGAUUUGGUUUCGUUUAAUGCGACUCAUCAUACGGCAACAUCAGAAACGUGGAUUGAUCACUGCAUUGUUAAUGAUCAAUCAGUUGUGACCCAUUCAGAUCAGUCUCAAGUACCAUUUUUAUCAGGGCAUGACUUGAUUAAAGAAUUCGUGAAUUUUGCUGCACCAAGUGCACCAAGGCAGUGUUCAAAGCGCCUGAAAUGCAGAAAUUGGAGACUGGUGAGCCAAGAAUUGAUAGAGGAGCAGCUAUCAAAGCGCAGCUUAGUUUCAGUGAAUUAUGAUCUUUCCGUUGAUGAUCAGGCUGCAGAUUUAAAUCGAGGUAUUCUACGAGUCUUAGAUGCAAUAGCGCCAGAACGUCUGAUUAAAGUAUCUCGUCCGCCAGCACCAUGGUUCACUGAUUAUAUCCGUGAUCUUCAGCGGAGAAGAGACAAGCUCUACAGAAUAUUUAAAAGAACUGGAUUUGCUUACCAUGAGUAUUGUAAUGUUCGUCGUAUGGUCAAGAAGAGAAUUGCAGAGGCUAAAAAGAAGUUUCUUCAAGAACGGAUUGCUUUAGUUCGAAGCCCGAAGAUUAUCUGGGAUGACUUCAGGAGGCUAGGGCUCUUCAAAUCAAGAACAUCAACUUGUCCAGCUAAUCUUGACAUAAAUGGCCUGAAUGAUUAUUUUGUUUCUGUUGGAAGCGUACAGAGUGAUAACGCACAGCUACUCUCUAGUUAUCGGGCUGAAGAAAAUAAUCAUCAGUUCAAGUUUGUAGAGGUUACACCAAAUGUAGUUCAGCGUAACCUGUCUUGUAUUACGACUAGCGUGGUUGGUCCAGAUGGCUUCUCAAUUAGGCACUACAAACUUCUGCUGCCUUACAGUUUGGAACCGAUUACGAAAGCUAUCAUCUUCGGUAGCUCGCAAGAUGUUAAGAAUUCAGUGUGUGUUAAUGCGCCGAGGGUGUCAAUGAACGGUAUUGUCUUGGAAUACGUUGAGCGAGUCAAAUAUCUUGGACUGGUGCUAGACAAUACGUUGUCGUGGCAUGGCCAAAUGGUGUCUGUUAGCCAGCAGGCAAUGAGUUGCCUUGCUCGGUUAAAAAUGAAUAGUAGAGUGUUGAACACUACUAUGCAUCGUGCAGAGCGCAGAAAUGAUAUAUUUUACCAGUCAAGUUGUCGUAAAGUGACCUUUGAGCGUUCGUUUCUGUUAACGGCUAUAAGAUCUUGGAAUCAGCUCCCGUCUGAUCUUGUUGCACUAAGCACCUUUGCUGAGUUUAGAGUAGCGUGUUUUAAUUGGUAUUUCAAUAGAGAUCUUUAA